AUUUUAGUCAUUUCAUUUCACGUUAUCUCUCCCCCUUCUAUUUCUUGUCCCAAACGCACACAACCAUUUGCUGUUUUGCCUCCUUCCUUCCUACCUUCCCUCCCUACGAAGAAGUAGAAGAAUAAGAAGAGAGAGAGGGGGAUGGAAGUGGAGGCGGAGUUGCCGGAGGACUUCCGGUGCCCGAUAUCGAUGGAGGUGAUGACCGACCCGGUGAUCCUCUCCUCCGGCCACACCUUCGACCGCGCCUCCAUCCAGCGCUGGCUCGACUCCGGUAACCGCACCUGCCCCCUCACCAACCUCCCACUGCCCUCCUCCCCCUCCCUCAUUCCCAACCACGCCCUCCGCAGCCUCAUCUCCAACUUCCUCUCCCUGCGCCCCGCCGCCGCCGUCACCGACGACGCCUUGCUCCUCGCCCGCCUCUCCUUCCCCUCCGACACCCCCUCCCUCGCCGCCGUCCUCCGGCUAGCCCAGCACGGGCGACACGCCGCCCGCCGCCUCCUCGCCGACUCAGGCGCCGCCUCCGUCCUCCUCCGCCACGCCGCUGCCCCCGACCGCCCCGACCUCCAAGAGCUCUCCCUCCACGCCCUCCUCCACCUCUCCCUCGACGGCGACGACGCCCGCGUCGGCCUCGUCGCCGAGGGCGCCCUCGACCCCCUCGUAGCGGCUCUCCGCGGCGGCUCCGGCUCAUCCGCCCCCGCCCUCGCUGCCACGCUCCUCACGAGCCUCGCUGUCGUAGAGGUCAACAAGGCCACCAUCGGCGCCCACCCCGCAGCGAUUCCCCGCCUCGCCGCGCUCCUCCGUGAAGGCGGCGGUCGGGAGCGGCGGGAGGCGGCCACGGCCCUCUACGAGUUGUGCAAGUUCGCCGAGAACAGACGGCGGACCAUCCGUGCUGGUGCCGUGCCACCGCUCCUCCGCCUCGUCAGCGAGGGCUCGGAGAGGGCAGUACGGGUCCUGGGCCUCCUAGCCAAGUGCCGUGAAGGGAAGGAAGAGAUGAGGAAGUUGAGCGGAUUUGUUAGGGUGUUGGCUGAGGUGGUAAGAGCCGGAAGCCCCAGAGCCAUUGAACACGCCCUCCUGGUGCUGAAUUUGGUGUGCUCAGAUAGCAAAGUUAUGGCUGUCGAGGCCACUGAAGAAGGGGUUUUGGAUCUCUGCUCGAUUUUGUCCGGAGAUGUGAAUCUGAAGACUAGUAAGAACGCCAUGGAGUUGGCUCUGAUCCUUAAGAAGGGGCUAUUUGUUGGCUAUUCAUGAACAGGAGUUUAUCUCUAUCAUCACUGUCUUGCUCUUUGAAAUGGGUCAUGCCGGCAAACAUUAGACUCACUUUUUAUUACUGAAUAAAGCCAAUUUCUUCCUCUGGUGUAUUGCAAUGAAAAUCUAGUUUGAUUCCAUUUACCAGCGUAAUCGAGAUAAUUACCUCCAAAACCAUCACUUGAAGUUGCAGAUCUAUCAUCUGAUGCAAUUUGCAGUGAAGCAGCCCCUCCAUUGCCUGUGAGGAAAGGCAUGGUAGCCAACCCUGUGGCUGAUGCUCACCUGGCUCUUGGGUUUUUCCCAUAAUAAUACCAUUGAUGUGUAAGAAGAUAAUGCCACAUGCCAAAUAGAAGAAAUGGUCACCCGGUCACCCUAAGUUUCCUGUCCGUUUCAAACAUGUCAUUUUUGAGCCAGACACUUGUCUUGAACUAAAUUAGAUCUAAAGCUCUGUUGAUUAUUUCAUGGAGGAAUUCCACAUCUUUGCAAAAUUUUGAUAACUCCAGUCCAGCCAGGCAUCAAUGGAGAUGUCCCUUUUACUUAAAGAGGAUCUGCAGAAGCUGUGCAUAUUUAGUGGUUUACAGCUGCUGCUGCUGGUUAGUCUUCAACAUUAAAUCUUAUGCAAGUUUGCAUCAAGGGAAGCUGGUAAUAUGCUGUCCUACUCUGAGCAGAAGGAAACACCCAAAACCAAGCUGAGAAGAGGAAUGCCCAGAUUUACUAAAUGAGCUUCAAAUGCCUCCACUAGAUCAGAAAGAGGAUCUUGAUAAAAUAUGGCACCCAGAAAUUGUGUUCGUUACAAGUGUUUGAAUCAUCAAGCGGAAGCAAAUAGAGUUUCAGAAGGCAUGGGAAAGCAAGUAACAGGUGCUAAUGUUCAAACAAAAACCCUCGCUGUUUGUUGAAUCUCCAUGGAACUUCUUUCAGAAGAGCAGAAUCUGAGAGGGAGUAAUUGAAGACAAAAGAAGACAAUAUCAAACAUGGCUGCAAUGUUGAAACUUUUUGCUCAAGAGGAUAGACUGUCCACAAGAUUUAUCCUUCACACAUAAAUUUUUGACUCCAGAUCCAACUUUGGUCCUCAGUUUGGAGUAUUCUAUCUGUUAAUCCCUCUUCAAUUGAUUAAGCAUGGUCCUCAACCUACAUGGAAUAACAAAUUUAUUAAGCAUUAGCUUAUAGAGUGAUAAAUAAAUGGAAUCUGUGGUGUAUAAUGUUACCAGGGAUGAGGAUUAUGUUCAGCCUAAGAAUAAUGCUGGGCAUAUGACCAAUUAUGUUGAUCUCUUCUGCUGUUCCUUGUGAUGGGAGAGUGGGAUCAGCUUGCUGGCUUCUGGUACUGCCUCCUCUAUUUCUUUUACAGUGAAGUGAGAAGCUGUGUCACGCAUUUCUCCUCCAUCUAACCUUGGAGAUGUUGACUUUGGGAUGAUACGUUUAGAACGGAGACCAGACCAUCAUUGCUGCUUCCAAAACACAAUCAAGAGAAAGAGAAGCCAUGAUUGUUAACAAAGAAGGGACAUCCUUAAAGGUGAAGUCAGCCCCUCUCUUCCUCCUAUAUCAAGUCUUGUUCACUGUAUGCAGCCUCUGUGGGUUACAUGAUCACCAGUACUGUUGCAGAUAUCUAUUGUUGCAACAUGUGGAAUGGACUCAGCCUGUAUAUGUUUCUUAUAUGAAUCACCAGAACUGUUGCAGAUCUCUAUUGUUGCAACAUGUGGAAUGGAUUCAAACCCUCUGUGGGUUGCAGAUCUCUAUCGUUGCAACAUGUGGAAUGGAGUCAAAGCCUAUGGGUUGCAGAUCUCUAUUGUUGCAACAUGUGGAAUGGAUUCAAAAGGUAUUUGCUUAAGCAACACAAAGUGACAGCAAUAAUGACCCGAGUCAAUCAUGUGAAGAGUUGGAAACCAUCGUGCCCUCACAGCAGCAUCAAUGGCGCAUGAAUUGGGUGAAAUAGUAGCUUCUGAUGGGGAGCACAACUGAGAGCUGCACGCCUGGAAGGAAGUCGUGAUGGAGGAGGAGGGGAUAAGCAUGGUGAGGCGAGGAGUCGUCAUGAUGAUUGUUCCCCACUAAGGCAUCGUUGCACAGCGAGAGGAGGCCAUCUCAACUAGUGCUCUCUGCCUCUUCCACAACCCAAAGUGGGAAUUGUUCCUCUCCAAGGUUUGAAUGCUUGCUUUGUGUGCCAAAUGCACCUACCGCUCCAACCAUCACAAACACAUAAAGAUUGAAUCAUUCAGUUGCUACACCAAAAUCAAAUUCUCAAAUGUUCAUGUCUCUUUA